AUGGACUUGAAAGAACGCUGGAUUUUCCCAAUGAGCGUCAACAACUGCACACUCUGCACCCUGCUUGUAAAUCGUACCCGUCCUUCAGAGGACUCUAUGAUAGCAGAUAUAACAGAGGGUGUUUCAAGCCUUUGUCUUCAUACUCCAGAAAAGGGGAAUUCCAGCUUCUACGCCCCCCCUCAGCAGUCCAUUACAAUCCAGCAGUCCACUACAAUGGGAAAGCGACAGCCCAUACAGGGCACCCACCGGAAGCAAAACACCGGAGCGCUCAGCACGAGUGCUCCGAAUUCACCACCAGUACAAGUCGUAGAGCAUACGGUGGUUAAGUUCAUAGAAUGGAUGCUCUCAUAUGGUCAAGCAGACCAUGACCCAGGAUGGGUAUGGAAUUUUUGGAGACUACAGACAGCAUUUUCACAAGCAUUUGGAUGGUAA